GAGCGCGCGUGUGUGCGUGCGUGCCCGCCCGGCGGGGUGCGCGAGGGGGAGAGCGCGAGGGCGAGCGGGGAGCGAGCGAGUUGCGCAGCUGCGGUGCGCACAGCCCCGCCGCCAGCAGCAGCAGCAGCAGCAGCAGCAGCACCUCAGCGGCACGGAGCGAGCGGAGCUGCUAGCUGCGCUGGAGAGAGACGCGCAGGGAGGAGGAGGAGGAGGAGGAAGAAGAAGAAGAAGAAGAAGAAGAGGAGCAGGAGGAGGAGAGGAGCAGCAGCAGGAGGAGGAGGAGGAGGAGGAGAGCGACGGAGAAGACGGGGGAGGAGGAGGGAGAAGAGGAGGCCACACGGACACCAACUGGAACAAAGUAUUUCCAAACCAGCACCCAACUCCACCUUGUGAGGCUCCCAGCAUGGCUUCCGAGGAACUCUACGAGGUAGAGAGAAUUGUUGACAAGAGGAAAAACAAGAAGGGAAAGACAGAGUAUUUGGUGCGAUGGAAAGGAUAUGACAGUGAAGACGACACCUGGGAGCCAGAACAGCACCUUGUUAAUUGUGAGGAGUAUAUACAUGAAUUUAACAGGCGUCACAAUGAAAAGCAAAAAGAAAGCACAUUAACUAGGACAAAUAGGACCUCUCCAAAUAACGCCAGAAAACAAAUUUCUAGGUCUACCAAUAGUUCUUUUUCAAAGACUUCCACUAAAUCUUUAGUUAUGAGUAAAGACCACGAGUCAAAAAAUAAUCAACUCUUUACUGCCACACAGAAGUUCCGGAAAAACAAUUCACCAUCUCUUUCUGGAAGGAAAAAUAUGGACCUUGCAAAAUCAGGUAUUAAAAUCCUAGUGCCCAAAAGUCCAAUUAAGAGCCGGACAGCAGUUGAUGGCUUCCAAAAUGAAAGCCCUGAUAAAAUGGACCACACAGAGCAGGAUCAAGAAGACUCUGUAGCACCUGAAGUAGCAGCAGAAAAACCCGUGGGAGCUUUAUUAGGACCUGGUGCAGAGCGUGCCAGGAUGGGGAGCCGACCAAGGAUACAUCCAUUAGUGCCACAAUUGCCAGUGCCAGUAACAGCCACAAUUGCAUCAGCAUUAACAAUAAAUGGAAAAGCAUCUCCCUGUAUUCUUCCCAGUGUUCUUUACUUCCUAUUUUCUUGUACAUCUACCUUUAUGGAAGCAUUAGCAGCCAAUGGUACAACCAACAUACAGACUUCUGUGACAGGAGUGACAGCCAGCAAGCGGAGGUUUAUUGACGACAGGAGAGAUCAACCUUUUGAUAAAAGGCUGCGGUUCAGUGUGAGACAAACGGAGAGUGCAUACCGGUACAGAGACAUUGUUGUCAGGAAACAAGAUGGAUUCACGCACAUCUUGCUAUCAACAAAAUCAUCUGAAAAUAACUCACUAAAUCCAGAGGUAAUGAAGGAAGUCCAAAGUGCACUGAACACAGCAGCUGCAGAUGACAGCAAACUCGUGCUGUUCAGUGCAGUUGGUAGCAUUUUCUGCUGCGGUCUUGAUUUUAUUUAUUUUAUACGACGUUUAACAGAUGAUAGAAAAAAGGAAAGCACUAAAAUGGCAGAAGCUAUUAGGAAUUUUGUGAAUACUUUUAUUCAGUUUAAGAAGCCUAUCAUUGUAGCAGUAAAUGGCCCAGCCAUUGGACUUGGAGCAUCUAUAUUGCCUCUGUGUGACGUGGUUUGGGCUAAUGAGAAGGCUUGGUUUCAGACACCAUACACUACUUUUGGACAAAGUCCAGAUGGAUGUUCAUCCCUUACAUUCCCCCGGAUAAUGGGCCUGGCUUCUGCCAAUGAAAUGUUGUUCAGUGGAAGGAAGUUGACUGCGCAGGAAGCUUGUGCCAAAGGACUGGUCUCUCAAGUGUUUUGGCCAGGAACGUUCACACAAGAAGUAAUGGUUCGAAUAAAGGAACUGGUGACAUGUAACUCAGUUGUACUUGAAGAAUCCAAAGCUCUAGUACGUAAUAUUAUGAAGGUGGACUUGGAACAAGCAAAUGAAAAGGAGUGUGAAGUUUUGAAGAAAAUCUGGGGCUCAGCACAGGGGAUGGACUCUAUGUUAAAAUAUCUGCAAAGAAAAAUCGAUGAGUUCUGAUGAGGUGCCCAUUGACACUGGAAUUGUACUUCUUGGACAUCAGGGCAAACAAAAUAUGCCCAUUUUAAAACCUAUAUAAACUCACCCUGGCUCAGCUUGGGAACAGUAGUAAAUCCCUCCUCCCCACCCCCCCAGUUUUAUUGUCAAGGGGUAUGACAGUACUGUAUCACUUAAAUUUGAACAAAACUCCUUUCUCCUUGAUUGUUGUGUGUGUGUGUAUAUAUGCACAUGCAUAAGGUAUGUGUGUGUGCACAUAUACAUAGCUUUUACAUAUACAAAGUGUAAUGCUUGACAGCGUGUACAUAGACACAUGCACACAGAAGGUAAACAAUGACAGAGUGCACUACCCACCAUCUCCUUAAAGCCUCUAGUUUUGGUCGUCGUUGGCUAGUACUGUAUCAUCAGGCAGAGAACGGAUUAAAAAGCAAAUGGUGUUGCAUUAUUUUCUGUGUGGCAGGGAAGUCUGGAAUAAUGCUUUUCUUUUAUCAUUAGAAUACAGAAUCGAAACGGGUAUUAGCCAGCCCUUACUUUCACUGCCCAACAAGUCAGCUAAGAUGUAAGGCACUGUCUCAGAAGAAGGCUGACAUACCUCAGUGGAACAUCCUAACAUUUUUCAGAUGAACUCCUUAAAGCUUAGAUCAAAAAUAUCACCCAAAAGAGAGCGUGCUCAGGAUUAAUGCUAAGGAAACACUGCCCUUUCCAGGGGAGUGGUAUAGAGGGGUGGGAGGAAGAGAGCAGGAAUGCAUUUAAUUCUUACCCAGAUAACGUGAAGAAACCACUGUCUCAUGGGGAAAGGCAAUGAGGAGAAGCAGGGGGAACGUGGAGGGGAAAGGAAAAAAAGACAAAAAAAGCUUGUUUUGCAGUAUUAGUGAAUCACUGAAUAUCUAUGUAUGAAUAUCCUAAGUUAUAAGUUAGUUUUAGUGGGUUUUCAAAUAGCCUUUUUUUUUUUUCUUAAUAACUACAUAAGUGCUUCUGUUGCUGGGUGAGAAUACUACUUUAUAUACAGUUGUUUGGUUUUUAUUUCCUAUUUGCUGGUUUAAUUGAUGUAUUACACCAAAAAUGCAUUUUAUGUUCAUAAAUUUUAGGUUCACUUAGAAUAUAUUAUUUAAUAAGUUAAAAUUCUUUUGGCACACUAUUAAGUAAAAAAAAAACUUUAAAAAAAAAAACUACCUUAUAUUAGAUGUUUAAUGUUCUUUGUCUAUGCUUUUUUUAUUAUUUUAAAUAUACACUAUAUACAGUAUGGUGUAAAAGAGUGCCCUGUGUAAAUAGACCUAUUUUGCAUUCCUUUCAGGAGUGGUUAUUGAUUCCUGACUGCAGAUAUCUAUUAUUAUUUGGGUAUCUGUGCUUGCAAUCUUAUUGAAUGUAUUAUGAAGAAUGGAAUAGAAAUCAAACCUUAUUUUUGUACAGUUUUGAAGUUUUUACUUGGAACUGACCCACCUCCCCUUCCCAGUGGAGAGCUGUACAGUGUGUAAAUCUGCCUUUACCUUGGAUUGGUACAGUAUUUUUGCAUCUGUGGGACCUACUUUUUUGUUCUAGUAGUUUGAACUAUAUAUAAACUGUACAAUCUGUAAAGUUUUUAUAGAAUAAAUAUUCAGCUGUGAAAACUGGUUAAAUAAAACUAAUAUUUCUUAACACA